AUGAAGAUGGGAUUUCACUGUACAGCUGCAAUUUUUGUGAAAGAUUUUGAUUCUCAUGUUGAAGUUUCCUAUUACAAGAGACAUUAUAAACAUGAGCAGUCAUUAUGCCAUGUGCCUUUGCCUGAAGUUGAGAAAGAGUUAAUAGCAGGUAAACUUCUUCAAGGUGUUGCUGAAAAAAAUAUCUUGCAAGAUAUUCGGCAGUCCUUGGAUACGUCAUUUGGAAGAAAACACCUUACUACCAGGAAAGAUCUGCAAAACAUCAAGAGAGAUUUCGGGAUUAUGCUUCCUAGUAGAGGAUCCAUUAUUCAAGAUGACGAGAUGAAUGUCUGUGCUUGGGUCGAUAAAAUGAAGAUCGAGAAGGAUAAUCCUGUUCUCUUCUAUAAAAGACAGGAUGAUGCUCACCCUACAAUUCAAAAUAAAGACUUUAUGCUAGUUCUCAUGACACAUUUUCAAAAAUCUAUAUUUUAUCGUUUAGGAGCAGAUCGAAUCUGUGUUGACUCAACUCACAGUAUUUCAAAUUACAACUUUGAAUUGGUUACUGUGCUUGUGAUUGAUGAAUACGAGGAAGGUAUUCCUGUUGCCUUUUGUAUUUCAUCUUCAGUAAACACUGUAAUUUUAACCCACUUUUUUCAAUGUAUUAAGACAACAAUGUCUACCAGCAUCAUUCCAAAAUUUUUUAUGAGUGAUGAUGCUGUUAUGUUUAAAAAUGCUUGGGUUAGUGUGUUUGUUCCAUGUGAUCAUUAUUUAUUAUGUGCUUGGCAUGUAGAUCGAGCAUGGAGGAAAAAAUUAAAUUCUGUAAAAAAGGAAAUACGGGAAGAUAUAUAUAAAACUUUAAAGACUCUAAUGUAUGCAUUGGAUGAAAAUAAUUUUAAAAAUAUGCUUAGCAGCUUUUGCGAGAUGCUAAAUGAAGAUAUCAAUACAAAAGAAUUCUAUGAGCAAGGUUAA